CUCUGCCGCAUGGUGAUGUCGAGAUGUUGCCGCCACGAGUCUGCAAGGUUGGGUGGAUAGUACGACCGUGUGGAUCAAGCACGAGGUUGGAACCUUGUCUUGUUCUUCCUGAAACAGAUGUAAUGAUAUGUUUUAGGCAUUGCGAUUGGGAGUCUGGUGCAAGAAUCGCAGCAAAUUCUGGAUGAGCUUGAGUCUCAGCAGGAAUGGCAGCAACGUUGACGGAAAUUUGGCAACAUCGACCAUAACGGCGACGUUCGUUUGGCGGUAGCGGCGGCGGCAUAGGCAUUGAUGGUUAAAGUGGCGGUGUAGGUGACAGCGAACGUUGUGCCACGCUGUAUAGAUUUACGGGGCGAGCAUUGCGCAGAAUCUUGGGCCAACGACGAAUCGUACGCAUGUGCACAGAAUAUGCUCCCGUCGGUUCGCGUCCUGGGUCCCCGGGCUCGCUCUUCGGCCGCCAGCCCAGGUGGCAGUUCCAGGUCAACGUCAAAGCCUCGAUCCCGCCCGUGGCCCGCGCCUUCCGCAGCUGCUUCCGGGCCUUCGUUUCGUUCCAGGUGGCCCAGAUGCACUUCAUCGAGCUAGCCUCGGAGAUAUUCGCUGCCGCGGCGCAGGAUUUCGAGCUCAUCGAGGCGGACAAUGCAGCCAGAGCGCGGGUUGCUGCCGAUUCCGCCAGGCGGGAGCACGCGCACGACGGCGAGCCCGCCGCGCGCCCCGCGGGCGCCGAUCCCCAGGCCGCCGCGGAGUCGACCAGCAGAAACCCGCAGCGGAAGCAGACGCCCUGGUCGGGAGCAGACGCGAACGGCAACGGCAAGAAGGGCUGGAUGGGAUGCGGCCUACGGCUGAGGUGUUUCAGGCGUUAAGGUAGUUGUGUGUCCCACCAGUGCGUGAUAUCGAAGAAGAAAA